GAGCUGGGCAGCAGCGGGGCUCAGGGCUCCCCAGCGGGGGGCCAGGGCAGAGAGGAGAGGGCAGGCUGCUGGAGCCUGGCAGGGACAUGGCCGGAGGCAGGGAUGGAGGUGGGGUGGCCUGGGAGGGGGACAGCACCUGAGAGGUCAGGGCCCCCGGGACCUGGCCCUGCCCAGGGUUGCUGGGCUGAGUCCUCGACCCUCGGUUCUCCAGCUUGGCUCCUUGUGGAGGCCCAGCUGGGAGGGUCUGCCCCUGGGGACAGGCGAGGGCAGCCCCGCUCCUCCCACUGCCCCCUGUGGCUGCGGAGCUGUUUUGAGCCUGCUCUUGUGACACCACAGGGGAGGCCUGGCAACUUCUGGGAACAGCACCCACGUAGAGCCCAGGGCUGACCUGUGCCCCAGGGCUGGCUGCGUCCCCAGUCCGGGGAGGAGGUCCCAGGGCCAGGAAAGGCUCUGUCAGGAAGGCUUGGGUUGAAGGGUUCACUCUGUGCCUGACUCUGGGUGAUGGGGCAGACUUGGGCCUUGUCCUUCAGGCACUCUAACUCUGGAGGUGUCUGCGGCGUGGCUGUGGGCUACCCCCUGGACACAGUGAAGGUCAGGAUCCAGACAGAGCCCAGGUACACCGGCCUCUGGCACUGCAUCUGGGACACGUACCGCCGGGAGCGGGUGUGGGGUUUCUACCGUGGCCUCUCGCUGCCUGUGUGCACCGUGUCACUGGUCUCCUCCGUGUCCUUCGGCACCUACCGCCAUUGCCUGGCACACACCUGUCGCUUCCGGUACGGCAGCGCGGACGCCAAGCCCGCCAAGGCAGACAUCACGCUGUCGGGAUGUGCCUCUGGUCUCGUCCGCGUGUUCCUGACCUCGCCCACUGAGGUGGCCAAGGUGCGCCUGCAGACGCAGACGCAGAAGCAGACGCAGACGCAGACGCAGAUGAGGCGCCCCUCGGCUUCGUGGCCUGCAGCCGCCCCUCCUGUGUGUCCUGGGCCCCCUGCGUGCACUGAUCCUGGGCCCAAGUACCGCGGGCCUCUACACUGCCUGGUUACAGUGGCCCGUGAGGAGGGGUUCCGGGGCCUCUACAAGGGCAGCUCCGCCCUGCUCCUGCGGGACGUCCACUCCUUCGCCACCUACUUCCUCUCCUAUGCCAUCCUCUGCGAGUGGCUCACAGCCCCCGGCCACAGCCAGCCAGAUGUGGCGGGCGUGCUGGUGGCCGGUGGCUGUGCAGGGGUCCUGGCCUGGGCCGUGGCCACCCCCAUGGACGUGAUCAAGUCACGCCUGCAGGCAGACGGGAGGGGCCCGCGCCGCUACCGGGGCCUCCUGCACUGUGUGGUGAGCAGCGUGCGCGAGGAGGGCCUGAGGGUGCUGUUCAAGGGGCUGGCGCUCAACUGCUGCCGCGCCUUCCCUGUCAACAUGGUGGUCUUCGUGGCCUACGAGGCUGUGCUGCGGCUCAGCAGGGGUCUGUGCACCUAGGAGCUGAUGUCGCUGCUCCCUCCGAAGGCGCAGCCAGGCAGCUGGGCCAACUCUCCCCAGCCAGGGGUGGCUAGGCCCUCAGGAAGGCAUGGC